CGUCCGAAUAGAGUCUUACUAUGGCUUUGUUAGCAGUCAGUGCCAGUCACGGUGAUCAACUGUAACUUCCAUCAAGUUCAAUGCCCCCGCCUAGUGCAGCCUAGUGCAUGCAGUGAUUACGUCGACUUUACAUCACUCAGUGAGGCACUCCAUCACGAUAAUCAAGGCCAGCUGACGAGUCCAAAUAUUUACGCCCCCAUCUUGGCAUCUUGAUGGGUACCCGGUAACCCAGCUCAUAUAUAAGAGAUUAGAAGGUGCAUGGUAUGUGUGUGAAAUUCUUUUUGUAGCUCUCAAAUGAGCGCAGAUGGAGUAUUCAGCCGACGAUAUCGCAGCGGCCAAGAGUCUGCAGCUCUUAGCGUACCUAUACAUGGUGCUGGCUACAUUAUUGACCUAUGAUUAUGCCUGUUCACUUCAAGAAGAGUCGACAUUCCUGCUUUGGUCGCGCCGUACCAAGGUAAAAGCCUUUUAUAUCGUUAUACGGUUUUCCUCCUUUGGUCUCAUCACCAUGAACCUACUUCGAAGCUUCACACCGAACGAGAAAGCCGAUAAAUGCCGCAUGUUGAUCGAUAUUUCCUCAUGUUUUGCAGUGAUAUCACUUACUGGCUCUGAGUGCUUUUUUGUGCUUAGAACAUACGUGCUCUGGAACUGCAAUAGAAUUGUACUUGUAGCCGUGUUGUCCACCCUUGUUGCUAUCAUUGUAUCAUUUAUCGCCCUGUGGUUUACCGCUACUUCCACUUCUCAUUUUACAACUAGCGCGAUCCCAAGCAUCACAGGCUGCUACCGGACCUCGGACAGUGUCCACAUGACCAUUGCGUUUAUUCUGUUGCUUAUUCUUCAACUGGGACUGAGCUCCCUAACACUAAUGCGUGCCAUACAGAGCUGGCGGUCGACCAACAGCCCUCUUCACGUUGUCCUGGUGAAGCAUAACAUAUUCUACUACGCUUGCAAUCUCCUUCUCUCAGCCGGGAAUGUCCUUAUGCCAAUCCUGUUUUCCAAUCCGGCAUUCUACUCCUUCCUUGAUGGUUUGCAGGUCUGUAUCCUUGCGAUUCUCGCCACGCGCAUGCACCUCCAUCUCUGGCAUAUGGAACAGCACGUGCACGACACUGACACCCUCAUGUGGAUCUCUUUGGAAAACAGAUUGCCUACAGACUGUACAGUCUGACGUCUUAUUGCGUGACUUUUUCCGGUGUCGUUGGUGUAGUGAGACCUGGUCGGGGUGGCUUGGUCGGGUUUGGAACACGCUUAGCUUGUAGGAUAGCAUUCUUUGUCAGGAAGAAGAAUCUGACGCAAGGAGAGGAACCGUAUUCGACGGGUAUAAGUAAUUAUGAUAGCGAGGAUGAUUCAGAUGAAGACUUUUGACAAAAUGUAUACGAAUACUGUCGGUGUGAUAUGGGGGUUCCUAUCG